UUCAAUAUUUAAGAAAAGAUUAAAAAAAGAUAUUAAUAAAAAAACUGCAAUGUCCAAUUCUACGAUAGUUGAUGAGAUUCGUUGCAAACUAACAAUUGAUUGGAAAGUUCUUGGCUCGAUAUACGAUUUAUUGUGCAAUGAGAAAGCGUUUUGUGUUAGCGAGGCCGAUCGUGGAGAAAAAAUAGUUAAUUUUGUGCAGCCCGAAGAGUUAAAGAAAUUAAUUGAUCUUACAAUUUCGGAACACGAAAAUCAUUCAAUUAAAGAUAUUGAAGAUAUAAUUCGUUCGGUUAUAAAAUAUUCCGUCAAAACUAGUCAUGGUCGAUUUCACAAUCAAUUAUUUGGACAAAUGGAUCCUUAUGGACUUGCAGGCACAUGGAUAAGUGAAGCACUCAACACAAGUGCGUAA